GUUGGGACCAUGCAAGCUGCUAUCCAGGACUUCCUUAACCAUGCGGGUGACGCGAACAUGGCCGACGACGCGACCACUGAGGCCACCGAGACCCAACACGAGACGCAGCAGGCCACUCAGUCCACGGAAGAUGGCUCCCAGAGUACUGAAGGCGGCAAGAACGACGUUUGGGGCGUACUUCAGCCAUGCAGCCAGUCGCUCAAUCGUAUCGAUCUCUUCAAGCUUCAGCCCGUCGUGUCCGUUGGCCGAAACCAGGAAGGGAACGAGGUUGUUCUCCCCGGCCUCAAAGUUAGUAACAAGCACUGUAAGAUUCGCUGGGACGGCAGGACCGACGAAAAGUCGCAUGUCACGGUGUAUGAUACCUCGAGCAACGGCACCUGGAUCAACGGACAGAAGAUUGGGAAAGGGAAGUCUGGAAUCUUGAAGGACGGGAACGAGAUCGCGUUCGGGCAGCACCGGUCUCAACCCGAGUCACCCUCGGAGGACUAUCGCUUCAUUUAUCGUCAUAUGGCCUCGGGCCCGCCCAAGGGCGGCCUACAUGCGUUCUACGACCUGGGUCACGAACUUGGCAAAGGUUCUUUCGCCACUGUCAUGAAAGGUCUCUCGCGCCAGACGGGACAGUGGUACGCCAUCAAGAUCAUCCAUGCCCAGACGCUCAGGCGCGCCCAAGCGAGCUCCGGGAGCCACAGUAGCACCAGCGACCACGAGGCGAAGAAGGCGGCGGACUUCGUGAAGGAGAUUAGCAUUCUCGAGAAGCUCACCCACAAGAACAUCUGUCAGUUAAAAGAGGUGUUCUUCCAAGAGUCGAAUAUUAAUCUGGUGCUCGAGCUGGUCGACGGAGGAGACCUACUGGAUUACAUUUGCACUCGUGAUGGGCUGGAGGAGCCUUUGGCGUGCCAUAUCACGUACCAAAUCGCUGACGCUCUUACUUAUGUUCAUGCUCAGGGAAUCGUUCAUCGUGACUUGAAGCCUGAGAACGUGCUACUCACGUCCAGUAACCCGCCUGUCGUCAAAGUCGCUGACUUCGGUCUUGCCAAGGUCGUCGAUAGCAUGACGCGCUUGAAGACGAUGUGUGGCACGCCGUCAUACCUUGCGCCCGAGGUUGUGACGCAGAAGAACCAGGAAGGAUACAGCCAUCUUGUCGACGCGUGGAGUGUCGGCGUUAUUGUUUUCUCCAUGCUCACAGGGCAAACACCUUUCAUUGAAGACGAAUCAAUACAAGACAUCAAGGUCCGUAUCGCCGAGCGCACAAUUGACUGGGCCAUCCUGGAGAGCGUGAAUACUAGCAAAGAAGCUCUAAAUUUCGUCCAGAGCCUGCUCCAAUACUUCCCCAAGCAUCGUAUGUCAAUGUCCGAGGCCAAGGAGCACCCCUGGCUCGCCACAUACGCGCGCGAGAACAGCCUAUCAAACGCAGAAGGACCCGCGCCUUCCGUCGCCUCUGAGCCCCGUUCCCAGCUGGCCGAAGAUAGCGUGAUAUCACUCGGGAUGGGUGAAAGCUCGCUCUCCAGCAUUCCAGACGAAAGCGAGGAAGGAGCAGACGCAGAGAUGCAUGAUGCGGAUCCCUCGAUGGACAGCGGACUCCGGAAGAUGCAGCUCAACAGCAGCAUCGGCGGGCCCGCCGCGUCUCUUGUAGCUAGUGGUGCCCCCGACACCGACGAUACGCCCCCGACCGGUGACCAAGCCGGCUCAAGCCGGUUUGUGACACCAAUCGCCCUUGCUAUCGAGACUCCAUUCUCGCCGUCGUCACAAUCGGCCGGAGGCAUGCGCCGGAUACCACUACAGAGGCAGAGCAUGGCCGUCGCGGAGCAGCAGGAGCACGACCAGCGCGAUAGUCCCGGCAAGCAGCAGCCGAUUCGCGAUGAGUCCUCGUGGCACGUCAUCGCGUCGCAGGAAUACCAGCAGCAGCAUCGCGCCGCCGCUGUUGCCGCCGCCGCCGCUCCUCCGCCGCCUGAGCCUAUUCCCGAACCUGCGCCUGUGGCGGGGCCAGGACCCACCACACGUGGCAACAAGCGCAAGCUCAACUCUAUCCCAAGUGGAGGCGAGUUGACCGAGAAGCCAGCGAGGGGCAACAUGAAGAAGCGCGGGCGGGCGGCUGCCUCGUCGGGGUCCUCUGCUUCGGGCUCCAGGUCAUCGUCCUCUGGAACUCUGAACGGCAAUCGUCGCGGCCAUGGCAGCAGCGCCUUGGCCGCAGCGCCGGUGCUUAUGGCCAAUGCGAAUGGGGAGCCUGUCGACGUGGAGAUGGCAUCCCCCGCGAAGACGCGUAGUGGGCGGACGCGGUCGACUCGUGGUCGUGGAGGCGCCACUGCCGCCGCCGCCGCUGCCGCGGUUGCUGCUACUAAGCCUGCUGAAGAAGAGGCGGUCGAGGACGAGGAGUGGGGUGGUAUUGGCAGCAGUGAGGCCAUUGGUAGUGGCACUGGCUCCGGUCGGCCCAGGCGGUCGACGCGGCAAGCCCCCGCGAAGGCGGCGCGUCGUGCAUAAGUCGAGCAGGUGGACUCGACGCUAUCUCUGUGCUCUCUCAUCAUGACUCUAUAGUGCUUGUUUGCUUUACUCUUUGCUUGCUUGCUUGCUAGCUUGCUUCGUGUCUGUCUUGCUUUCUAAAUGUAAUCCUUGUCUCAUCUCUCCCGGAUCAGGAACAUAUCCUUCCUUUUCUACUCGCCCCACUCCGAUAUCUCUCCUUGCUUGCUCUGAUUUUCUCCAUUGUUUCCUUGUUUCCGACCUAAAAUGCUCUUGCUUUCGAGCUCUCACACAAAACGUAAUCUACAUAUAACUUAGAUGCGCGCCGCGUCGUGCGCGACUAGACACAUCCGUCGCUGUUACUAUAGUCAC